AUGAGCGAUCGAACAGAAACCAAACCUGGAUUCACCGAGGCUCGACCCUCCAACUCCUCGAUGGCUGAGGCUGGAGAGGAGCGGGAUAUUUCCGAGCAAGCCUUGACGCCCAGUCAGAAUCGAAAGCUGUUGAUCAAGACCAACUCCGUUAUUUUGGUUGUGAUGGUACUGGCGUCUCUGCUCGCCUUUCUAGACAAGAAUGCCAUGAGCUUUGCUGCGGUCUACGGAAUGUCCCAGGAAGUCGGCCUUGUGAACCAGGAUUAUAGCUGGCUUGGGUCUAUUUUCUACUUUGGGUACAUCGCCAUGGAAAUACCUGCUCUCUGGUUGCUGACCAGGGUACGCAUCGGCAAAUUCAUCGGCACGAUCCUCGUCCUCUGGGGAAUCACCAUUACGGCUAUGGCUGGGUGUAAGAGCUUUGCGACAUUGGCUGUGGCCAGAUUCUUCCUUGGUGUCUUCGAGGCAGCUUUGUUGCCAUGCUGUAUCUUGCUCACAUCUAUCUGGUAUCGGCGAGAAGAGCAUGCCCUGGUUUCGGCUCUUUACUUCAACACUUUUGCCGGGAUAUUUGGAGGCAUUCUCGCAUAUGCUAUUGGUCAGAUUCAAGGAGGCCUGUCACCAUGGAAGUAUUUAUUUAUAAUUUAUGGCUCAGUUACGCUGGUAUUUGGCUUCGUAGUGUUGGCAAUUCUUCCAGACAGUCCUCAGACUGCUUGGUUCUUUACUGCGGAGCAGAAGAAGCUCGUCGUCAUCCGAACCGCUGAGAAUCAAACCGGCGUCAACUCCAACAAGACAUGGAAAAUGGGGCAGGUUUAUGAAGCCCUAAAGGACCCCAAAUAUUGGGCUCUGUCUAUUGGCGUUAUGGCUUUUGCGGUUACAAACGCCGGCAUCACCAACUUCAAUCCUCUCAUUAUCUCUGGAUAUGGAUUUUCUAGGACAAAAACUGUACUCAUGGCUUCGCCGCAAGCCGCAGUGGCCAUUGUCGCACAGGUAACUGCAACUGUCAUCAUGCUCUAUGUACCGAAUGUGCGCUGCAUUAUUUGGGUUCUGUCAACACUUCCAGCUAUUGCUGGAACUGUCAUGAUUCACUUGCUGGAUAUUAAGAUGCAGCGUGCUGCGUCCCUUACUGGUGUUUACCUUAUGGGCUUCUACAACGUCUCCUUUGUUACAAUGCUCAGCCUUCAGUCUUCCAACAAUUCGGGCACCACAAAGAAAUCGUUCGCGUCUGUGUCUGUUGCCGUUUGGUACUCCGUUGGGAAUAUCUUCGGACCUCAGUUCUUCAGGACUGAUCAAGCUCCAUACUACCCUCUGGGGAUUAAUGCCAUGAUGACAGCUUUCUCUGUAAAUGCUGUGAUGGGAAUGAUCUACUUUGCUUGCUGCUUUAUCGAGAAUAAGCGUCGGGACAGGGAGUAUGGAAAGCCAGUUGAAUCAUCAGUUGCAGUGGGUCUUGAGGUCGACCUUGAGGAUCGAACUGACGGGGAGAAUCAUCAUUUCCGCUACACUUAUUGA